CCCCUGCUAUCGUUGAUGACGCAGUCAAAAGGCGACCAACACGUUCCCUCCCACCGAGUAACUGCUUGACUUUAUAGUAUUAUUACCUAAAUUGUUUACUUGAAACACUUAUCCACUUGUGGAAAGCAAAAGUGGUUAUGGCUGCUCCGUUGAAAGUAUGUAUUGUCGGUUCAGGAAACUGGGGUUCUGCAAUUGCAAGAAUUAUUGGCACCAAUGCACAGAAACUCCAGUGCUUUGCCACCACAGUCAAGAUGUGGGUUUAUGAAGAAAUGGUCAACGAGAAAAAGCUCUCUGAGAUCAUCAACACAGAACACGAAAAUGUCAAGUACCUUCCAGGCUACAAACUCCCAGAGAAUGUGGUUGCGGUGCCGCAGCUUCGGGAAGCCGCAGAAGGAGCCGACCUCCUGGUUUUCGUUGUCCCUCAUCAGUUUAUCCGGAAACUGUGCGAUGAGAUGGUUGGCUGUGUUUCGGAUAAGGCUCGUGGAAUCACAUUAAUCAAAGGCAUUGAUGAAGGACCAGAAGGAUUGAAGCUCAUCUCUGAUAUCAUUCGGGAAAAAAUGGACAUUGAUGUCAGUGUCCUAAUGGGGGCCAACAUUGCAAAUGAAGUGGCAGAUGAGAAGUUCUGCGAGAGCACCAUUGGCAGCAAGGUGUUGGAGAACGGCCUCUUGUUCAAAGAGCUCCUGCAGACGCCUAACUUCAGAAUCACUGUGGUGGAUGAUGCUGACACAGUAGAGCUCUGUGGAGCCCUCAAGAACAUUGUUGCAGUGGGCGCAGGCUUCUGUGAUGGUCUGCAGUGUGGAGACAACACUAAAGCAGCUGUCAUUCGUCUGGGAUUGAUGGAGAUGAUCGCUUUUGCCAAGCUCUUCAGCAAAGACGGUUCUGUAUCCUCUGCCACAUUCCUCGAGAGCUGUGGCGUGGCUGACCUCAUCACCACCUGCUACGGAGGAAGAAACCGGCGCGUGGCAGAGGCUUUUGCCAGGACAGGGAAGAGCAUCGAGGAACUGGAAAAGGAGAUGUUAAAUGGACAAAAGCUUCAGGGACCAUUGACUUCUGCUGAGGUCUAUCAUAUCCUCAAACAGAAAGGCCUGGUGGAUAAGUUCCCCCUGUUCACGGCUGUUUAUCAGAUCUGUUUCGAGGGCAAACCAGUUCAGGACAUGAUCACCUGCCUGCAAAGCCAUCCAGAGCACCUGUGAGAGUACCACAGUGUCCCCCUUCUCCACCAUCAUCUCUUAUGUUUUGUUAGGUGGUCCUACCUCCAACAUUUUUUUAAUUUUACCCAUAGAAUGUUCUAUUUUAAAGUUCUCUCUUUAUCCCAGGUCCAAUUCUAUACUAAUGCUUAGGCUUGAACUCGGGGGUUUGUUUCCAACCCAGCAGGUUUUGAUGUUAUCAUACAUGACAAUGUACUCGAAGAGGUUUUUCAGAAAAGCCUUGUGUUGUUAUCUGUCCUGUUUGAGACUUUUUUUCUCUCUGUCUGACUGCCCUCUUGUGGAAUGCCCACAAUAUCACCUCACUGACAGAAGAGAUGAAAUGCCUCUUUUUUUUUUUUUUUUUAACGACGAUAGAGAUCUCAUCAUUGAGGCUCACUAUGCGUCCAUAUUGAGAGCAACAUGACACGACUAGAACACCUCUGUUACAAUCUUCAAGAUUCUGUAGAACCAGCAUAAUACCAGUUUUGGAAACUUUUCUACAUCGUUUAACACAAGGACAAAAGCUAGGUUUACAACACUUUCAUUGUUUUAGUUCUUAUCUGCUUGGUUUCAUUCUGAUAAAUGUUACUGAACUUUUUGGGUCAUGGUAGAUGAAGUAAAACUAGAUUUCUGUGAAGAUGCCUUUUAACUCCUCACUGGUCAGGAACAAUUGUCACAGGUCAACCAAUACUUGAAUGGAAAUGUUUUGUUUUGUUUUAAAGGACAACAUAUUCUAUGAAAGGGGCUCAGUCACCUCAGUUUCCCAGCAACCCCCUCUUAAGACAUAAGUGCUUUCAAGACAGCGGUACUUACAAAAACAUGUUAUAGAAUGUUUUCAUAUUACAGUAAAAAUAAUAGUGUUGCAUAUCUAAGCUUCAAGAAUGCACUGAAACCCCCAAUCACUGAAAACCCUAAAUAGUGACCGCUUUAGCAUCCUGAUCAACUACCAUAACUACAGUUCUUGUUGUAAUAACUCACAUUUCUAUGAAGAUUAGCAUUAAAAUACUAAUGAAAUAUUUAGUUGUACUAAUGACAAAAAAUGAAGGAAUGAUUUCGUAAGAUCUGUGGUUUUUAAAUGAGGGAGUGUAUUACGAGAGCAGCUAGUGUUUAGAUCCAUAAUGGCCUUCUUUUGGGCACUAUAUUGUGCUUACAGUUAGGUCAUACCUAACUCGAGACUAGCUCUUAGCAUGAAUCUGUUACAGUGUGUCAUAUUAUCCCUGUUGUCUUUAUUCUAAGAGUUUAAUUCAUCCAAGUAUUCAGCUGUGGAAAAGUUGCAGUGUACUGAGUCUAACACUCCAGUGGAUUAACUAUAUAUGUAUUCAUGUUGAUAUAAGAACCCGUCCAGGUUUAUUUUUUUCUUCUCUAAAUGUGACUGUUUUUGCAAGUUGUGUGUUCUAACAAAUGUCAACAAGGCUGAACGUUGAAAUGCUGCUUUUAAAAUUAACCAAUAAAAAAAAAAUCUCCGUGCUAAA